UUGUACAAUGACAACAGAAACCUGCUUCAAAUUAGAGAGAAGGAAAGACGCAACCAGGAAGCUCACCAAGAGAAAGAGGCAUUUCCUGAAAAGAUUCCCCUUUUUGGAGAGCCCUACAAGACAGCGAAAGGUGAUGAACUAUCUAGUCGAAUACAGAACAUGUUGGGAAGCUAUGAAGAAAUGAAGGAGUUCCUUAAUACCAAGUCUCACCCUCAUUGCUUGGAUGCUUCUGAAAAUAGGUUGGGAAAACAGAAAUAUCCUUUAUUUCCUGACAAGGGGAGCCGCAUUCCAUCCAACUCCUUCCACACUAGUGUCCACCACCAGCCCAUUCACACUCCCGCCUCUGGACCACUUCCUGUUGGUAACAUUAGCCACAAUCCAAAGAUGCCGCAGCCAAGAACAGAACCAAUGUCAGGUCUCCACACCAAAAGCUGUGGCCCACCAGACAAACAUCAGCUGACCCAAGAUCGCCUUGGUCAGGAGGGGUGCAGCUCCAGUCAUCACAAAAAUGGUGACCACAGAGCUGUUGGAGACCACUGUGCUUCAAUGACAGACUCGGCUCCAGAGAAGGAGCUUUCUCCCUUAAUCUCCUCUUUGCCUUCCCCAGUACGCCCUUUGUCACCUAUGCAUUCCAGCCAGCAAACUCUUCCCAGGAUGCAAGGAAGCAAGGUUCACAGCAGUAACAAUAGCAAUAAAGGCUCCUGCCCAGCCAAAUCUCCCAAGGACCCAACAGUAAAGGUCCAUGAUACAGAGACCCCUCAGGACAGUUUGGCAGUUGCCAGCCUUGGGGUAGCUCCACCCCAGCCACCUUCUCAGACAUUUCCUCCCCCCUCGCUCCCCUCAAAAAGUGUUGCAAUGCAGCAGAAGCCCACAGCUUAUGUCCGGCCCAUGGAUGGUCAAGAUCAGGCUCCUAGUGAGUCUCCUGAACUGAAGCCAGUGCCAGAGGACUACCGACAACAGACCUUUGAAAAAACAGACUUGAAAGUGCCUGCCAAAGCCAAGCUCACCAAACUGAAGAUGCCUUCUCAGUCAGUUGAGCAGACCUACUCCAAUGAAGUCCAUUGUGUGGAAGAGAUUCUGAAGGAGAUGACCCAUUCAUGGCCUCCUCCUUUGACAGCAAUACAUACGCCUAGUACAGCUGAGCCAUCCAAAUUUCCUUUCCCCACAAAGGAUUCUCAGCACAUCAGUUCUGCAGCCCAAAACCAAAAACAAUAUGAUACAUCUUCAAAAACCCACCCUAAUUCUCAGCAGGGAACAUCCAUGCUCGAAGACGAUCUUCAGCUCAGUGACAGUGAAGACAGUGACAGUGAACAAACCCCAGAGAAGCCUCCUUCCUCAUCUGCACCUCCAAGUGCUCCACAGUCGCUUCCAGAACCAGUGACAUCAGCACGUUCCAGUAGUGCAGAGUCAGAGAGCACCAGUGACUCAGACAGCUCCUCAGACUCGGAGAGUGAGAGCAGUUCAAGUGACAGCGAAGAGAAUGAGCCCCUAGAUGCCCCGGCUCCUGAGCCCGAGCCUCCAACGACCAACAAAUGGCAGCUGGACAACUGGCUGACCAAAGUCAGCCAGCCAGCCGUGCCACCUGAGGGCCUUGGGAGUGCAGAGGCCCCACGCCGGCGCCCAGAUAGCAAGGGCGCCAGCGACAGCAGCACCACCUCGAGUCAGGAGCAUUCUGAACCCAAAGAUCCUCCCCCCAGAAACUCCAGCAAAGCCCCCCGUGGUUCUUCUGAAGGCUCCCACCUUGGGAAGAGAAGCUGUCAGAAGUCUCCUGCACAACAGGAGCCCCCACAGAGGCAAACCGUUGGAGCCAAACAACCCAAAAAACCUGUCAAGGCCUCUGCCCAGGCAGAUUCGCGGGCCAGCUUGCAGGUGGACAGCGAGCCAGGGCUGCUUCCCUACAGCUCCAAAGCCCAGGCUUCCAAAGACAAGCCCAAGGUGAAGACGAAAGGAAGGCCCCGAGCUGGAGGAAGCAGAGAGCCCAAGCCAGCCGCGCCCGCGCCCACCCCCAGUGAGAAGAAGCAGCACAAGAGCAACCCCCCGGAGCCCCCCAAGGCGCUCUCGGGCCCAAACCCCGCGAAGGACAAUGUGGAGGACAGGAGCCCUGAGCACUUUGCUCUUGUCCCCCUGACCCAGAGCCAGGGCCCAGCCCGCAGUGGCAGUGGCGGCAGCAGCAUCAGGACUAGUGGCUGCCGACAAGCCGUGGUUGUCCAGGAGGACAGCCGCAAAAACAAACUCCCACUGCCUUUGAGAGACUCCAAGUUGCUCUCGCCGCUCAGGGAUACUCCUCCCCCCCAAAGCUUGAUGGUGAAGAUCACCCUAGACCUCCUUUGUCGGGUACCCCAGCCCCCUGGCAAGGGCAGCCGCCAGAAGAAGCCAGAGGAUAAGCAGCCACCCACCGGGAAGAAGCUUGAUUCUGAGAAGAGAAGCUCAGACAACUCCAGCAAGUCGGCCAAAAAGAGAAAGGGUGAAGCAGAAAGAGAAUAUGAUCAUAAGAAAAUCAGACUGGAGAAAGAAAUCAAAUCACAGUCCUCUUCAUCUUCCCACAGAGAAUCUUCUAAAACAAAGACACCCAGGCCCUCUUCAGAACCCUCAAAGAAGGAAAUGCUUCCCCCGCCACCCGUGUCGUCCUCCUCCUCGUCCUCCUCCUCCCAGAAGCCAGCCAAGCCUGCACACAAGAGGUCAAAGCGGGAAGCAGAGACCUGUGGCCAGGACCCUCCCAAAAGUGCCAGUAAUAUCAAGAACAACCACAAAGACUCUUCCGUUCCCAAGCACAGAAAAGUAGAUGGGAAAGGCUCUGGAAGCUCUACAGAACACAAAGGGUCUUCUGGAGAUAUUGCAAAUCUUUUUCCAGUGCCUUCUUUGCCAAAUGGUAACUCUAAAUCAGGGAAGCCUCAAGUGAAGUUUGACAAAUGUGCAUUUGGCAUUCCAAAUAGUUCAAAAAGCACAAACAAGGUUGGGAAGGCUUUUAAGUACUUGGAAGCCGUCUUGUCCUUUAUUGAGUAUGGAAUUGCCAUGGAGUCUGAAAGCCCGGCAUCGAAGUCAGCUUACUCUGUGUUCUCAGAUACUGUAGACCUCAUUGAAUUGAUAAUGUCAUUAAAAUCCUUCUCAGAUGCCACGACACAAGAGAAAAUAUUUGCUGCUUUAUGCAUGCGUUGCCAGUCCAUUUUGAACAUGGCGAUGUUUCGUUGUAAAAAAGACAUAGCAAUAAAGUAUUCUCGUACUCUUAAUGAACACUUCAAGAGUUAUCUCAAAGUUGCCCAGGUACCUUCUCCAUGCAUUGCAAGAAGCACAGGCACACCAUCCCCUCUUUCCCCAAUGCCUUCUCCUGCUGGCUCUGUAGGGUCCCAGUCAAGUGCUGGCAGUGUGGGGAGUGGGAUGACUGCCACCAUCAGCACCCCAGUCACCAUCCAGAACAUGACAUCUUCCUAUGUCACCAUCACGUCCCAUGUCCUUACUGCCUUUGAUCUUUGGGAACAGGCUGAGAUCCUUACAAGGAAGAAUAAAGAAUUCUUUGCUCAGCUCAGUACAAAUGUGUGCACCUUGGCCCUCAACAGCAGUUUGGUGGACCUGGUGCAGUAUAUGAGACAGGGUUUUCAGCAGCUAAAACAAGUAACCAAAACACCUUAACAGAGGCCCAAGCUAAUUCAAUGCCUUCGGAACUUUUUUUUGCACAUUGGAAGCCUCAAAAGCAGUCUGGACAUUUGUCUCAUCAGGACACCAAACUUGAGAAGAGAAGCACCAUGAGAUGGCCAGGACAUUUGUCCACUUCAACAAAUGAUCACACAGUUCUUGAGAGUUUGACACCAUGGUUAUUCAGAAGCAGAGAUGAGGAGGCUGGCCCCAGAGAUGAUCUUGCCUUUCCUCACUGAAGGACAGAAGUGCAAUGUAGCCUGAAUGAGCAUAUGAAUGGUCUAGAAACAUUUCCAUGUUUUUUUUUUUUUGUUUGUUUGUUUUUUACCAGCAGGAUUCAAAUUGCAAAUGAAAUGAGGAGAAACAAUUUCACAUCAUCUCAGUAGCCACACUAGUCCAUUCCCAGAGGGGGAAAUUUUUUUAAACAAUGAGUUUUGGUGAAGGGUUUUGUGGAUGAUUUUUUUUCUUUUAAAUUUUGGGAGAAAUAUUUGUUUGAUAAAUUCUAAUGGCCAUCUGUAAUUGAUAAGUUGUGAAGAACUCCGCUGUACCCCACUUUCUGCCAGUGAACAGUGACUUUGAUAAUACCAAGUAUUGUGAUAUAUAAAAUUGAAGGCAACCCCUCCAUUGCCUAGAGUACUGCACAUUUACCCCAGCUCUGAUUUCUGUCACUCUGCUGAAAGUCACCCCAAGUCGGAGCAGUAGAGAGAGGAGCAGCAGCACAUGGGGAGCCACCUCAGGAUCUCUGUGCACUAUGGGGACUUGGCACUGCCAUUCCCACACCCU